CGGCGUCAAGUAUACGCCCGAUCUGUAGGCAAGAAAAAAAAAGAAAAAUAUGAGUAUUGGGCAAAUUUGUUAGCCAUCUGUGAGAGUUUCUGUUUGUCUAAGCCAGAGUGUAUCUAAGAGUGUUUGUGUGUGUGGGUCCAAAACCUGCUGCUAUUAUUAGUCUUAGCCAAGAUUAUGGGCGAUUUCAUUAUAGCGCUGCAAUUUGCUGGGCAGCCCGAAAACAGAAGAUUUUAGCCAGCAUUGCUUAGACGGGUUCCGAAGACCACGCCGAACCGUCCAAACCAACUCCGUAGAGAAGCUGCAAUACGCCUUUCAUUCAUUCAUUCAUGCCAGCGAUUAUGUCAUACUCGUAUGUGUUGGUUGGCAUUUUGGCCAGAACUACUGCCAACGAAAUAGUUUAGGUUUUUGGCCCACACUUCAACGCGAUUUGCAUAUCUUCGAUUAUGGCUGGGGGACUACGUCACCGCCUAUACUACUGGCAUUUAAAUUAAUAUUUCUCCACAUUGCUGGCCAUGUUUUUGUUUGUUUUUCGGUUUUCCCGAGCAAGUGAAGUGUAAUGAAAUGUGUUCAACAGCCACAGCAGAGCAAUAGCAGCAGCAGCAGAAACUAACAACCUGUCGCAGUAGCUGGCAAAAAGCGUUAACAAUAAAUAAGCGAAACAAUACCACACACAACACACCAUCAUCGGUUCCAACUGUAUAACAAUGAGGCGAGAAGGCAGCUUCAGCACUUGUUAGCCGUCGUCGUAGCUGGGUCCGGAUCCAGCUCCAUUAGUUAUCAAUCAGUCGUAGAGCUACCAGGGUGAAGAAGGGGCCAACGCCAAAAAUCAUCAAGAGGCAUCCACUAAGGAGGAACCUGAGAUGCACGAGAGACAAGUGAAGAAGUUGAAGGGAAGUCAUUAUGUGGCCACUCACGGACGCCUCACACCCGAUCCACCCUACGUGCACUCCAACCGCGGCUACUCCACGGACGGAGACGAGACGCACUCCCACCGCGCCCCUUCGGAGCGCACCUACUCGGAGUAUACGCUGACUCAUGAGCGAGUCUCGCCUCAGUCCCGCAACCAAUAUAAUCCGUCUCGCAAGAAGCGUUCCUCCAGCUCAAAUGGCCACCACCAGCACCUUCAGAGUAGCUACAGCCACAGUCAGAUGGGCCUCUCGAGUUCUCCGGACAAUGGAGGUCCCCGUUCUCUUAGCGGGCCGCCACCAACGCGCCAGCCCCCACGGGCCCCAUCCGCCCUAAGCUAUGAUCAAGCUGGUGACGCUGGUAGUGACAUCUAUGUGACCAGCGCCGCCUACAAGGCGCCCUCAGAGAUAAGUCGCUAUAGCGCCCGACCAGUGUCCCGUGGAGCUCCCCGCAGUGUCUAUUCGGUGGCCAGCACCGCUAAAACUGGACGUAGUGCCCGUUCGACGACCAGGAGGGGUGCCAAAAUCGAGACCAUGUCCGCACCGAACCCUUUCUGCCCAAACGUAAAGGGCGUGUGUUGUCUGAUGCUGCUGCUCAAUUUGGGGCUAAUCCUGGUCACCCUGGGCUUUGUCAUCGUGGUGCAGUUCUACGAGCCACUGUACGUUUGGAUUCUAGGCAUCGUUUUUCUGAUCUUUGGUUUCCUCACCCUGAUCGGCUGUAUGAUCUACUGUGUAUAUGUGUUCCGGGACGCCAGGACCCCGUCUCAGGUGCGAAACGAAGAUCUCUACUGGACACGACACUGGCAGAAGAACAUCGGUUAUACGCCUCAAGAGAUAAAUUACAAGGCGGAUAAAUACGAUGCAUACUCUGAUCGGUAUUCGGUCAGCAAGCUGAGUGGAAAAUAUUCGGAUCGGGAAAGCCAGAGAUACUAAUCCGAGUUCGAAGACCCAUCUUCAUCUGCCUGGGAAAAUAUAUCUAUAGAAAUCUAUAAAAACCACUUAUAUUUUAACUAAUUAUAGGAAUAUGUACUAGUUCUAAACGGUUAUUAACAUGGCCCUCAACGUACCUGCUGCAAGCUGCUUGCUAGUUUGUAUGUUAUAAGAGAAACUGAACGAACACGAGAGGAUACAUGAGAGUAUUUUAAUCUGCCAUAUUUGAGAAGGUUCGGCUAAUCAACAUAGAGUUUUAUGCUAAAAAUGUAACUACGAAGCAUGUAACAUGAAAGAAAUAAAAAAAUAAUACGUACCACAUAAA